UAAUUUGGAGAAGACACUUUGUUGCGGUAGUUUUAACGUAGAUCUCGUUAGGUAUGGAUCAGGACAUCAGGGUAGGCGAUACUUUCCAUCACGAAGAAUAUUUGGAACACAGGAAAUCGUGGAAACCAUUCUUGAGACAGCUAUACGUAUGCACGGUAUGCUCGUCAUUAUAUUUCGUGCUGGGCCUAUGUUUUGGGGCGCCAACAGUCUACGUACCACAAUUGAGGAAAGAAGCAAAUUCUGCAUCUGAACCUUUGACGGACGACAUGGCAUCAUGGUUGUCAUCCGUUUUGGGUUACUUCUCCAUACCAUGGGCAGUCAUUCUGCCAAUCCUUACUCAGUACAUCGGAAGGAAGAUACCGUUCUUAAUAGUAACAGUGGUGACACUAAUCAGCUUCAUAGUUUUCUACUGCAGUACGAGUCCGAUGCAUCUUUUGAUCAGCGAAAUAUUGCAAGGAGUUACACUCGCCAGUAACAUGACAGUCCUCAUUGUUAUAAUCGUGGAAUACUCCUCACCUAGACUUAGGGGGAUGUUUAUGAUGAUUGAAACCUCGAUUUUCUAUUGGGGUGUGUGGAUUGCAAACGUGACUGGAACCUUUAGCCACUGGAGGAACAUCGCUAUAAUUGCUUUUGUAUGCUGUCUGUAUUCCUUGACGGCGAUCAUUAUGCCCGAGUCACCAUCAUGGUUAGCUGUGAACGGGCGCUUUGAGGAAUGCGCCAAAGCGCAUCGCUGGCUAAAUGGACAUCACAAAGAAUCGGAAGAUGAACUUGAAAAUCUCAUAAAAUCUCAAAAAGAAUAUCGAAAAAAAUGUGCUGCGCGAGAAAAAACAACUUCGUGGUAUAAUAGACAUCGAAUCAUCAAAGAAACAGUAUCCGCUAAGGGUUUUUAUCAACCACUUUUACUUUCUAUGUGUGUUAUGUCAUUAUAUCAUUUUUCUGGAAAAUUAGUAUGUACUAUGUACGCUGUAGAUUUGCUUAGUUCCAUAACUGCUUGUGAGUCUGCAUCAUAUACGGGAAUGCUCAUUUUAGAUGCCGUUACAAUACUCGGCAUGCAAAUCGGUUGUGUUUUAUCAAAGUUAGUCAAUAGAAGAACAAUGUUGUUAUCUUCAUCAGCUUUAGGUAUUUUUUUCUUAUUUUUGAUAUCAUUAUAUUUAUAUCUGAUUAGUUUGAACGUCAUAGUAGAAAAUAAAAUAGUUUCUAUUGCGCUGUUAACGUCGUUUUCAGUUGCCAUUACUUGUGGUCCGAUGAUAAUGCCGUCCACUAUCUUCGGUGAACUAAUAUUUCUGAGAUAUAAGAGUUCUUCAUUGCUCAUACUUACAUUGUUUUCUGAACUAUUAAUGGCGACUGUACUCAAACUUUCGCCGCAUAUAUUUAAAGCGCUUGCACUACACGGUGCCUUCUUGUUCUAUGGUAUAUCAGCUUCCAUUUUUGCAUUUAUUUUGUACAAAUAUUUACCAGAAACGAAAGAUAAAACUCUGCAAGAAAUUGAGAAUUAUUUCAAAGAGUCGCAUGAAAUGGAAGAGGAUGCCAGUAAAGCGUUUAUUAAUGAGAAACCGGAUAAUUAUAACACUCAGAAACGUUAGAAGAUUUUUAUGUUUUCGUAAUUAUAUUUAAUGGCAUUUACUGUGUAAAUAAUAGAAUGUAAUUUAAGGAUAAUUAAAGUUGUUUACAAUGUU